CCCCACGCAGAUCCAAAGCAGGAGUCAAAACAACAUCUUUGCGUUUUCUACCACCUCUCUCCAUCAUCAUACAAAGGAAGAAGAAGCGGAUGCACAAACUUAAUCCUGGAGAGGAGAAUGAAGUGAAUCAUUUAAAAAAUAUACUGAGCGUCUACUGUGAGGCACGCACUGUGAUUCAAAGUGAAGAAUAUGGAAUAUGGGCUCUGCCUUCCUGUAACUUAUACACCGGUAGGAAACACUGACAAGUGAACAGGCAUCUCCAAGGCAGUGAUGGCUCUCCAGAAGACCCUUUCAUUGCUUCUGCUCUUGCUGCUGACCCUGCUGGGGCUGGGGCUGGUGCAGCCCUCCUACGGCCAGGGUCUCAUGUACCAACGAUUCCUGCGGCAACAUGUAGACCCUCACGGGGUAGGUGGCAACGAUCACUACUGCAACAUCAUGAUGCAAAGACGGAAGAUGACUUCACAUCAUUGCAAGCCCGUCAACACCUUCAUCCAUGAAAACAUCUGGAACAUUCGUAGUAUCUGCAGCACCAACAAUAUCCCGUGCAAGAAUGGCAAGAGGAACUGCCAUGAGGGUGUAAUGCAAGUCACAGACUGCAGGGAGACAGGAGGUUCCAGGGCCCCCAACUGCAGAUAUAGGGCCAUGACUAGCACUAGGCGUGUUGUCAUUGCCUGUGAGGGUGACCCAGAGGUGCCUGUGCACUUUGACAGAUAGAUGCUACCCUGCAGGGGUGAUGACCCAGUGGUUGACCUUUAACUUACUCCUUGAAUAACAAUGAGUAAUGUACUUGAGCUUUCCCAGUCUCUGCCUACUCAGCUUAUAUCUACUUCUGUUUCUUUAUGUAACCUAUUCUGAUAAAUGCAUCAAAGAGAAAUGGAGACAUAAACCUAAAAUGAGACUGGACUUUUCUGUAUUAAACUUUUCCGUAAACUCUUCUGCUUCUUUUUAUAAUACUGGUCAGCAUAGCUCUCUCCGAGCCUAUCUCCUGGAAUUUAGUCAUUAUAUGUAUUUCUAUAGCAUUUCAUGGAUUCAAGGUGCUUUCACCUUAGUAAUCUCAUUUUAAUGCCACAGCACCCCUGAGAUGCUGAUGUUGUUAUGCAUAGGAUCCCAACGUUAAGGGAUUUGCUGAAGACCAUGAAGUUAGUGGAAAAGCUGAAGCAAAAAAUCCACUUCAACUGGCUACUAAUCCAGGACUUUUUCUACUUCAUCACUAGGAGUGUUAUAAAGUAUCUGUUUUUUGAUAGUCCCAAAAGUCAACUGUUGGGGGAAGCAUUAAAAUUUUGCAAAUAUGUACUGGCAAAGUAAGAGCUCUUUCUGUUUAAUUUGGCAACCCUGUUAUGUUUGGGUCUAAUAAGAUCAAGAAAUGAUGCGGGAUAACUGUAACUAAACAACAAUUUUAAAAAAUACCAAGAAAUGAUACAAGGAAUUUUCUUUUUCUCUUCCCAAACUUUUGAAUCACUGUAGUAAGUCAGAGUAUUAACAAUGUACUAGAUCAUUAAGACUCAUUCACUCUUCAUGAAUGAAAGAUUUUUUCAUAUUUUCCUUGUAAUAAAGAACUCAAACUGCA